AUUAGGAGUUUACUAAGAAUUUAAUUUUUCUAAUAUGAUGUAGCACCACACAGAAUAAAUAAAGUUGGAUUACCGAUGUUAAUAGCAAAGUUUGCAUGUGCCUACGCCGUUCGUGUCGAGCUGUCAAUUUGCUGAUGAUACACGCGGCGACAAUUUGCGAGUGAUCCAUUUCAUCGAAGCGCCAAGAUCUUUAAUACGUAGCUGUUGCUAAAAUAGUUCUGUUUAACUUUCGAUGAGACCGGCACUUUGAUCUACACCCUCUACCAAUCCUGCUGAAAAGUAUAUAGCGGAAGUGGUAGAGGCAGCAGACUUAACCAUCAAGUCCACAUGAUAAUAUCGCACAUGGUACUGCAGUUUACCUGGAUGCAGCAGACGAUUUAGCUGGUCUUUCAUCAAUAUUCGCCAAAGGUAGUCGCAGCAGUAGCAGCAUAGAAUUCCACGAUACAGUCACUCUUCGUAUCCUCAAUCGAUACGCAAUGCAGCCACAAUCAGGUAUCUGUCAUCUCCAGCACUUAUUGCCAAUCGAUGUGUGGGAAGGACACUUAAUUCAUUUUCUGACUCUGAACGAGGCUGGAAUGAUAGCAGAACUUAGUCGCUUCUUCUAUGACGUUGUGCACAAUAGCGUCCAGAUCCAAAUCGAGGCCUCGCUGGUCUGUACAGUUCGUAAACUUCUUCAAGUGUUAGCUAAUUGGAAGAGCCUGUGACAUUUCAACCCGUCGGGGAUGACACAGAGAGUGGCAGACUUUACGAAAGUAUCCACUACAACGUGGAUGCUACCGGUAAUUUAAUCGUUGAUGUCGAGCGCAAUGAAACGAUACGUGAGCCCGAUUUCCGUUCACCAUCAAUUAAUCGAUUCACCGACGCAAAUGGAGGAGGUAAGCGCUUUACGUGCCCUCAGACGUUGCAGAACUGUAUCCAAAGCAGCGACGCUCAAGUGAAGCGCUUAAAUCUAUCAGGUGUUGUUUGUCUCAGUUUGUUUGACGGUGUUAAUUGC